CUGAUCCGUGAGGAGAGAGGAGCAGGAAGAAUGGGGGAAGAAAGAGCCCAGGGAUCUGGAUCUUUGGCCCUGGCUGAUGAACUCAACAUAAAGCCACCAUGUGAAGGGAAGAGGGACUCAGACAAAGAAUCAAUGUUAAAUGGCACCAAAACCGCUGCUGCUGCUGGGCAGUUUAACCUCGAGGCUGCGAUUAAAAGUGUUGACAAAAUGUCCAGCGAGUUGAAGAAGCUGAACGUGGAAAGCCAGCUCCUGCUUUGUGACCUUAUUCUGAAUUUCAACCAUCCUAUAAAGGCCAAAGACUUAAGAGAAGCUGAAGAAAAGACGUGGAGUUUGACAGAUUAAACAUCCAUUUUCUUGUGUUGUCUUCUAUUAAUACUGCUGAAGUUUCUUUUUCUUUUUCUCUUUCUUUUUCU